ACUGAAGGAGCUGGAUCUCACAAACUCAUUCAAACACACAGAUUCUGGGAGGAGGCUUGGCUAAAAAAAUGACAGUGGCGAAAAGAGCAUUUCUUAUGAAUGAGUGAGUUAAGCAUCGCUGGAUUGGUUGGAUCCCUAAAGCAGGACUGGCUCUCCAUUCUGAAGAAGUUGUGUACUCUGAUGCUUGGGUGUGUUCUUAGAAACAGGGAUACAGCUCAUGUUUGUCUAGACUAGAAGGAUUCUACACUUUGGUGUAAAGUCAAAACGUAAGCUUCAGUACUGAAGCAUGUCCUUUGCGAUGGUGCGCCCAACCUCAGGUCAUUUCUUGUGUUCUGAGAUCAACAUGCACUCUGAAGAUGACGACAACGGCAGCGAGGGUUCUGGAUCCGAUGACAAGUCUUUCCGUACGUCCGGCCAUGGCUAUGGUUCCUUUAAGCUGGGUGUACGCAAGAAGAGGUACAGCUGCCGACCGUUAGCAAUUCCCACUGAACUCUGUUCUCCAAUCACCGAGGUACGACAGCGAAACACCGCAAAUGCCAGAGAGCGAGAACGAACGAACAGUGUGAACACGGCGUUCACCGCUCUGAGGACACUGAUACCUACAGAACCGGCUGACAGGAAGCUCUCCAAGAUUGAGACCCUGCGUUUGGCCUCCAGCUACAUCUCGCACCUGGGGAACGUCCUGCUCGUUGGAGAGGAGUGUGGAGACGGUCAGCCCUGCCUCAGGAGUUCUGGCUCCUUGUUUCAUCAUCACUACAACGUCCCCAAGAGCUCAACACCCAGCCCGGAUUCUGAAAACUCACAGCCCAGACAGAUCUGCACCUUCUGCCUCAGUAACCAGAGACGGCUGAACAAAGACAGGGAAAGGAAAACUGUGCUAAGAAGUUAAUGAAGAGAGCAACACAUCUGUCUGAAGAAGAUGAACUGAACGAACUGCACAUUCAGUGUAAAUUUGCUGUAAAUAAGCUCUUGAACUGAACGUAACACUGCUUAUCCACUGCAUAACAUUUCAUGUGAAUGGCAUUGUAACUGUCAGCUACACUGCCUUUAUGCAUUUCCAUAUUUAGAAGCCAAAAUCUAUGUGAAUUUUACCAUAACCUCAUUAGUGUUUCGUUUUAUUUGGAGGUUAAUUACCUUUUUACAAAAGUAAUAGGGGGAAAUAACUUGAUUAAUAUUAUAAGGAUUAUUUGUAACAGAAAAUUAUACAAAUGAAAGACAAUCUUGCUGCCCUUUUUGUUUUUUGUCAACACUGAAAAAGUGAAAACUUGACCGAAAUUACUUCAGCUUGUUAGUUGAUUAUUUCAAAGUUUUUAUUACAAUUUCAGCGUAUUCAUUUGUUUAGGUGUAACAAGUUGAAGUAUAUUUGUUUAAGUUGUUCCAAUGGGUUUUCUUUUUCAUUGUAUGAUGUAUCUAUUUUUAUGACCUACACUGAACUUUAUCUGCAUCGCUAUUGGAAAAACUAACAACAAGAGAGACCACUUGGAUGGGUUUGAGUAAAAUAUUCAAAUUAGUUUUCUUUAUAAAAGUCUAAUAACAAUCUACUAAAUUUCAAAUCAAAAUGUUGCCAUCUUUUCCCAGAAAAUUGUUUCUGAAAAUGAAUAUAAACAUGCAGAAACAUAGCAUUUUUCAGUAUUCUAUUCAGGAUAAUGCUCUAAAUUAUUAGAUAUCAUUUCGAUAUGGAAGAAAGAUCAGCAUUUUACACAACAGAAAAAAAAAACAUAAAUAUUGUUUUAUUCAAACACAUAACUAUCAAUUGGAAAUUCAAACAAACUUAGAAUUUUCAAGUCUGGUCUCUUGGGUUUUUUAAAUAGCUAUAUAUUGAUGUGAGAAACAGCAAAGCUUUUCUUUUCAGAUUUCAGAAUGAUGUUUGCAAACAUCACUGUCUCUGUCAAACGUGUUUGUUUGUUUGUUUGUUUACUGUAACAUAAACAUUGUGGUUCUUAUUUAUUUAUGCCAAAUAAAACUAUUGUUUAAACCAAA